CUGGCCGUUUUCUUAGCUCCUGUCUCUCCCUCUGUCCCUCGGGCCCUUCCUUCCGGAACUUUCCCUGCCCCUUAGAGCUUGCUCCUCUUAGCCCUCGGCCAGCUGUACUCGCUGAGCAUCCACCGUCGCAGGCUGGCGGUCUCUCCAGCUCCGGCGUCUGGUUCUGUCUUCGGCUGUAGUUUAUCCCCCGUGAACCCAGGAAGUGCUUGGCUUCCCUGACUCAGUUUUCCAAAUCUCAAAUGAUCUUUGCUUCCUUUUCAGAUCAGCUGGUCUGUUUUAAGUGUUCUGCCCCCAGUGGCUUUGAUCCUUUCCUCCACGUUUUUGUUGUGAGCAUCCUAUCUCUGCCAGAGAUCUGAUACCCGAAGCUGACAGCCAUCCCGUGUUCUCUUCGGACUUCUCUUCACGACUGACUCUUGUGUUUCCUAACUUUGGGUGGGGACUCACGGCCGGCUGAGGGGCUCUGCAUGGGCCUCCUGGGCAGCUGGCUUUGCAGGCAAACCCUACAGGUGCUUUUAGCCUCUGUUCCCCACCAGGUGUCCCAGGAGCCCUGCACUGAGCCCACGUGAAGUGGUUCUCGGCUGGCGGGCUCUGUUCCAACGUGGCCACAAAAUCCCACACUCUUCUGUUGCUCAUGUUGGCACCUGGGCCCUAUUUUUCAGCUUUCCAGUGAUGUUUCCAGGGCUUCCCUUAUAUUCCAACGAGUUAGCUCCGCAUUUAUUUUAUCCAGCAUUGCUAGGGUUGUGCCGUGGGAGGGCUUUUUGAGUUCGUGGCCAGUUUCAUCGCUAGAAAUGGAAUUUGGCCGCUGGCUAGAACCCGUCCCGAGUGAUUGGCUGGGGGCAGGGUGUGGGGCUUCCAUGAGCAGGGAUGCCGGAGACGGCAGGCUAAUCCCCAGGAAUGUCUCGGGUCUGUCUAACGCCCCUCCCCAUCCUUCCGCCAGGCCUUCUGGGGCAGAAAGAAAGCAGCGUUGACCCCUGGCCCUCCACCCUCUUACCCCUGCCCUCCCUGCCACAGGACUGCGGCCUAAGGCCUCUCCCCACCAGGCCAGCCCACACAUCCUAGUGGUUAGGAGCCAGGGCCUGGUGUUCAGCAGGGUCUGGCUCCAAAUCCUGGCCGUGUCGGAUUCUGGGCGACUUUGGAGCAGUGACUCUUUUUGUCCGAAGGUGGUCUCAACGACACUGCGGUAGCCAGUACCCACCACUGCCGAGCGAGGGAAGCAGUGCAAAGCAGGUGGGAGUUUGGGUCGGUCCAGCCCUCGCUAGUACGAAGAGCCAGCGGCCGCUCCUGAGUUUGUGUCUGUGCCUGCCUGACACAGGCUUCCUGGGGCUCGGGGAUGUGACUUGCAGUUUCAGCAGCAAAUGCUCAACAGCCUCUGGCUUACACCCCUCCCCACAGCCUGGGCACCCCUGCGUCGCACGCCCCAGCCCCCCGCCCACCCCCCCCCCCCGCAGCCACGUGUGCCCACAGUUUCUGGGUUUUGCCGGUCUGGGCUGCAGGGUCUUAUCCGAGUUUUUACCUGGUCUUACCUGUGUGUGAUCCAGCACCUCUUUAAACCUCCCUAAGUUAUUUGGUGCCUCUUCGCCUGGAAAACUCUCGCGAGCUUCUGUCAGGCGGCGGAUCACACGCUUAAAUGCGCCAUCUCUCUGUCCUCAGAACCUCAUGUGGGAAAGACUGAUUAGCUCCCUCUCAUAGGUAAGGGAUGGUCUCAUUUCCUUGAUAUUACAGGGGCCAGGCAUGGAAGCCACUGGAAACUGCUGCUGUGCCUCUCAGACCCAGCGGGCUUAAGCUCCCCUCCCGCCCUGAUGCCAGGACAGGGCUGAGGCUCCAGGUCCCAGGGGCCUCAGGUGGGCCUUCUAGAGACAGGAGUUCCUGCAGGGUGAGCUUCCGACCCUUGAGUCCCAGUUCUUGGCUGUCUCCAGGCCUCUCCCUUUUCCUGUUUUGGUGCUGGCUCAGCCAGGCCCGGAGACAGGGGCAUGAUGUCUUAAUCCUCCGGGUGGCAGCCAUGAUGGAUUCUCCACUGGCUUGGCCACCUGCUGACCCCUCUCUUCCCACACACCUAUCUGCCCCACCCGGCGCCCGACGUGGGGACCCCUGAGCCCUGGCGCCCUGCCUGAGUGCGGAGGGGCCACCCCGGCGGGCCCACGAUGCCCCCCAACUCUUUCCAGAAAGCAGGUGGGGUGGGGGACCGGGCUGCCCGCCCUGGGCUCGGCUCUGGCUGCCACAACAGUUGUAAAUCAGGGGAAGAGGGGGUGUCGGAAACGGGUCUGCGGAAUGUCUGGAUGGGGCAGGGAGGGGGUGAGUGCUUAACUCUUAGAAGCACAGGGUGUGGGGCCAAGGGACUGGCUUGCCUGGCCCUGAGGAUGCGGAAGAGCAGCCGGUACGGGACGCGGGGUCUUCCUGCUACUACAGUAGCGGCAACGAAGAGGUUAUUUCCCCAGCCCAGGCUGGGGAAUAAAUUGAGGGUGCGAGGCGUCCCCACCCUCGGGAUCUGCCCGUCACGAUGGCCACAGGAAGAGUCCUACUCUGCUCUCUGCUGCUCCUGUCGCUGCAGCCGGGCCUCGGCAGGGGCCCUGGUGCUCGGGGGGCUCCGGUGGUGGGGGAAGAGCCACGAGGGACCCUGAGGCCGCAGCUGGGUGCCCGCCUGCGCAGAGCCCUGGCCAGCCCGUGUCAGCUGUGGAGCCUGCCCCUACCUGUGGCCGAGCUGGGUCUGGGCUACGCUUCCGAGGAGACGGUCAUCUUCCGCUACUGUGCAGGCAGCUGCCCCCGCGGUGCCCGCACCCAGCACGGCCUGACGCUGGCCCGGCUGCGGGGCCAGGGCAGAGCCCACGGCGGGCCCUGCUGCCAGCCCACCCGCUACACCGACGUGGCCUUUCUCGAUGACCGCCACCGCUGGCAACGGCUGCCCCAGCUCUCGGCGGCUGCCUGCAGCUGCGGCGGCUAAGGACGCCAGGCCUGGGGCCCUGCAGCCGCUUGAGGAGCCCUGCUGACCUAUUUAUCGGAGACUUGGAUGCCGAUGAGAUCAGAGGGGCGGUGGGCUGGGGGCCGCCUGCAAGGAGCAUAAUAAAGGAAACUGCUGCUGCAUGACUGUGUUCAGCCAGGGUGUGCCCUGACCCUGCCACCGAGCUCCCUGUGCGUGGACAGGGAGGGUCCUGGGCUUCCCCUGCACCUCUCGGCGCCUGCAAGCAGCCAGCUCAAGG